AGUUUAAAAAUAACUCAAUGUUUCAUUUUUACAUUAUUCCGCGAGAAAGUUAAACGGGCUGCCAUUGUUGAGCUUGGAUGUGAAUAUCAAAUCGUAAAAAUGAGCAAUGCUGCAAGCACCAUACCUGCAAAGAGCAAAGUAUUUCGGGCAAAGUUUAAUAAAAUACCCUCUUUAGAAGACAACAAAUUAAAAACACAACCGAAGUCUAAAAGAAAACCGAUACCAAAAGAUGUAGAUGUUUUAGUGAUUAAGCAUAAACACGAGGAAAACAAUACUUCACACGAUAAACAUGAGUCAAACAAUUUUGAAGACGAAAAGACUUGGAUGGAAAAAUCAAAAGAUCUCGAAUCAGGGAAAGUUAAAAAGAACCAAAUAGCUUUAAGUAAUCUGAGGCAGAAGAAUGUGAAAAAACAAACUUUAGAGAACGGGGCUGAGUCAAAUAAACCAACAAUCAAGAUCAUGAACGUGCAGCAAUAUGAAGGGUUUAUGGAUGAGAGGGCGCAUCUUCUAGAACUAAAUGAAAAAUACGAGAAACGUAUAGCAGAGCUGGAACAAGAAGUUGAACGAGUACUUGGAGAGUUUACAAAGUUGUACGAGGAUAAUGAAAGAUUAAGACGGAAAAUGGAUACAGGUAAUGACCCGCUUCUUGAACCAUACAGUAGAGUUUUCGAAGAUCGAAGGAUACUAAGGGAGGCAGAAGGCGGUUAUAAGAAAAGAAUUAUAAGGCUGGAAAAAGAAAUAAUUGAAAAGCAAAAUGAAAGUGAUAAGUUUCAAGACAAACUUAAAGCUCUUCAAGAAAAAUUUAAACCUACAAGUCAAGCUGAAGAAAAAGAUAGAAUUACAAAAGAAAAGAGGUCUAAAGCAGAAUUAAAGAAACUUAGGACAGAAAAUGAAUCUCUGAAACACACUCUUCGAGAAUUUGAAAAUUCGAAUGAAAGAGAAGCGGUGAAAAAAGUUCAAGCUGAAAAUGAUACAUUGAAGAAAGUAAUCAAGAAAUUAGAACAUCAAAUUGCACGUAAAAAUGUCAAAAGUAUGGGACUCACAAAGGAUUUUAAAAGUAUUCCAAAGGGAAAUAAACAACAACAUGUAAAUUUUGAAGAGAGGCCUGUUAAAUUUGACUAUGAAUAUUUGCUUCCUGAUUCACAAGUCUAUGACUAAGGGCAAAACUUUAGGUCUUUAUCUAACGGAAUUGCGACCAACCAGAUACGUACGUUGAUCCUUGAUUUUACUACAUACAGAAGUCUUUCAGUAGAAUGCGAUACCAUCUAUACGCCGACAAAAUUGAUUAAAUAUACGCACAUGUAUAUUUAAAUGUUUUAAUAUUAUAUAGUUCAAUCAUUUUCAUGUGAUAUGACCAAGUAUAAACUGUUAUGACAAAACAUAUAUGACCCGUGCUGCU